AAUCCGAAGAAAAUGACGCAGCUUGUCAGUUUGUUCAUAAGAAAAACAAAAGUGUCCGAGUUGAUGCCAGGAUUUUCUUAGUUUUAAUUGUCCUUAUCUUAAAUUUUCACUACUUUCUCAUCCAGCCAGCAGGCUGCACCUGUGAGCAAGAUGAGUUUCUUCGGUAAGAUAUUUUCUGGUAAAAAGGGGGAACCGGCCCCGACCCCCAGUGAAGCGAUCCAGAAACUACGAGAUAUCGAGAAUAUGCUUACGAAAAAGCAGGACUUCCUAGAAAAGAAAAUAGACUUGGAGCUCGACACGGCCAGGAAGAAUGGUACCAAAAACAAACGAGCGGCUAUCCAAGCACUGAAACGGAAGAAGCGGUACGAAAAACAACUUCAGCAAAUAGAUGGCACACUUUCUACUAUCGAAAUGCAAAGGGAGGCGCUGGAGAACGCCAAUACCAAUGCAGAGGUGCUGAAAACUAUGAAAAAUGCAGCUGAUGCGCUUAAGGUCACCCAUAAGGACAUGAAUAUCGACGAUGUUCACGAUCUGAUGGACGACAUUGCCGAACAGAACGACAUUGCUAACGAAAUUUCGAACGCUGUCUCCACUGCAGUCGGUUUCGGGCAGGACAUCGACGAGGAAGAUUUGGAGAAAGAGCUCGAAGAGUUGGAACAGGAAGAGCUCGACAAGGAGCUGCUGGGAGUUCAACCGGAAACCGACGAACUACCGGAGGUCCCAUCAACCGAACUGCCAGUAAAGGCCAAGGAGAAAGAGAAAAAGAAGGCCGUUGCCGACGAGGACGAUCCGGACAUGAAGGAGUUGAUGUCAUGGGCUAACUAAUCUCCAGGCAGGAACGGAAAUAAGGCGAAUAACCGAUACUGCUAUUUCACUGAACACGUCGAAUCGGCUUUCCGUACAGUUUGUGUUUUGUCCAAAAAUCCACUUUUUCCCUUUCCCGUCGAACGUGAAAAUAUUCAUUUUUAAUUGUUUUGCAGUAGUAUGGAAUUACAUAGAAGUUAAGUUAUCAUGACCGAAUAUACCGUUCACAACGCAAGUUUCUUACCUAAAACUGAUUUGCUUUUCUAUGUUCAAUGCAUAACAAUGCUAUUCCUAUUUGGGCAGUUCGACGUAAAACAAUAAUGGUUAGUAAAUUUUCAUGUAUAAAAGAAAAGUAAAACAUAAGUUCACUGCAGAGUUAAGAUCGGCAGCAGGAAGUGAUGAACUUAAUAAAAUACACUUAAACAGUAUGUACAUAAAUUAUUAUUCUC